AUGACUAGAAAGAAGGUCAAGUUGGCCUACAUAGCUAAUGACUCAACAAGAAAAGCCACUUUCAAAAAAAGGAAGAGGGGCUUGAUAAAGAAGAUAAGUGAACUGAGCACACUCUGUGACGUUCCAGCGUGUGCCCUAAUCUAUAGCCAGUAUGAGUCUCUCCCUGAUAUCUGGCCAUCCCCUUCCGGCGUGCAGCGUGUUAUCGCGCAAUUCAGAAAUAUGCCGGAGAUGGAACAAGGGCGGAAGAUGUUCAACCAGGAGACCUUUCUCAGGCAGCGGAUCGUGAAGUCCCACGAGCAGCUCAAGAGGCUGAGGAAAGAGAACAGAGAAAAGGAGGUGUCGAGGGUGAUGUUCCAGACCCUCACUGGUAGGCCUCUUCAGGGACUGAACAUGAUCGACCUGAACGACCUAGGAUGGCUAAUCGACCAGAACGUGAAGGAGCUUGGUGAGAAGAUCAAGAGCAAGAGAGAGGAGCUGCUGGCUCAGAGCAAGAGAGAGGAGCUGCUGGCUCAGAGAAAUGAAGUCACAAUGGCUGCACCAAAUGCAGCAGCUUCGCCUGCGAGAGCUGGAGACCAUGGCAUGGACCUGAACAUGCAGCAGCCAGCAAUGGAGAACACCAUGCAGAGGCCUCCAUGGUUCUCAGAUGUGAUGACCCCGCAGGAGCCUAUGGGGUCUGGUGCUGCUGGUGGCGAUGAGGUGUUGCCCUUCGGAGAUCAGAAUCAUCCUGCCUUUUGGCAUAACAGUCCCUUUUUUCAUUGA